GCCCACACGGAAUCUCUUAUAAACGCCGGAAUAAUAAGUCUGGGCUUUUUCGCACUAUUAAGCAGCUCAGACUUCCAAAGUCUGAUCCAGAAUCCUGUUUCACAGCACUCAAAGAACUUGAAAGUAUCAAACAUUUGUGUCAUCCAAAUAUUGUGGCGUAAGUGCCAACCACAGAUAACUUGUUUAGAAAUUAUUUACGAACAUAACGCAAUAUUUCUUAUACGUGAUUACCUACAUUUGAGUCUUAGACAUUACAUUGAUAUUUGUGAUAAGGGCAUUGGGUUGCCUCGACAAACUGUCAAGAGCUUCAUGUAUCAAAUGCUUCAAGCCCUUCAGUAUUGCCACGAAAGGCUUAUAAUCCAUCGCAACUUAAAACCACAAAACGUUAUGGUGGAUCCUACUGAAUUAACCGUCAAGUUAACAGACUUUGAAUUGUGCACGACAUUUGGUUACCCACAUCGUAGGUUGGAGCACGAGGUAACACAUACAGUUCUUUUAAUGCCAUAA